AGUCGAGUCGAGGCGAGGCGCGCGAUCGCCGGCGCCCGCCAGUCGUGUUCCGAACGCCGCGAGCUUACCGCGUCCCACUCGCGUUGUACCCUGACUCGCGAUCACAACUUUGUGCACUGGAAACUUUUCAAAGCAAUUUCGGCCGGAUCUGAUUGUUGCGCGUCACUGUUGCUCCACGUUUCCAGUGGAAUCGUUAAGUCCGCCAGGCUGGAGACUGUACGUGAACUGUCGCGCGUUUCCAACACUGCGUUCGAUCUAUUUUUGAAUAUUCUCUAAACGCCUCUCCGAGAAGUUUUCGAAACGCAGUCCGUCAAGUCGGGUUAACGGCCUCGUGUAUGCAACGCCUGCAUCACAUCUCUUGUGUUUUUGUUGACGGAUAACAUUUUGUGCAGUUGGUUAACUUCGACCGUUCAAUCCGAGGAACGUUAUCUUUACGUUAACGCGGACUCAUGUAGUCUCGGACGGUGAUGGCUACGGGUGACUUUCGAUUAGUGGUCUCUGUCUCUGUGAAUUGUGUCAGUGAGUGAUUGGCGUGCUUGUGGUGUCAUAGCCAGUGUGUCGCUAGUGUUGGAAGUGGUGCCAGUGAUGUGACGGUACAUGGAAGUGUCAGGUUGUUCUCGGAAUGUUCACGAAGCACGGCAAAGCCGCUGAGCGGUGCCUCCAUCCUCACUCGCAUAGGGGGCGCAAGAAGAAAAAGGCGGCGCAGCAUACGCCCUGGAAGUACUUGAUGAAUUGCCCACUCGUUAGGAAAUGUUUUGGCCUACAGUUGCGGAGUAUAGAGGAGCCGGCGGGCGGCGCGGGCGCCGGUAUGCCCGCGCCCGCCUGCUACGACGCAGAAUGCGCGCGCACCGAGGCUUGGCUAGACGAGAACCAAGAGUUCGUGCACGACUACUUUCUAAGAAAGGCGACGCGGCAGGUGGUGGACGCAUGGCUGGUGUCGCACGCAACUCCACCCAGCGCCGAGCUAGCGUCGCCAUCGCGUGCAGGCUCCGGCUCCGGAGCAACCACACCUGUCAGGAAGAUCUCAGCUCACGAGUUCGAGCGGGGCGGACUCCUGAAGCCGUUGGUGACGACGGUGGAUGGUACACCCACCUUCCUCGGCGACCAGCCACCUCACGCGACGCCGUCACGGCCACAGCGGCGGUCCAGGCACGAGCUGCGACAGUUAGACGAAAAGGAGCUUAUAUUUGAAUUAGUGAAAGACAUAUGCAACGAGUUGGAAGUUAGAGUACUAUGCCACAAGAUACUACAGAACGUGUCGAUACUUCUAGACGCAGAUAGAGGAUCCCUUUUCCUCGUGCAAGGUGAAAGGGCCGCCUCACCUCAUCCUCAAAAUGGCAGAUGCUUGGUGUCAAAACUAUUCGACGUCUGCUCCAAAUCUACUCCAGAGCAAAUGGAACACUUAGAAGAGAUCAGGAUACCCUGGGGCAGUGGAAUCGUCGGUUACGUGGCUGAAAGUGGAGAACCGGUUAACAUCCCCGACGCCUAUAAAGAUGAGCGGUUUAACCACGACAUUGACCAACAAACGGGUUACAAAACGAGGUCGCUCCUAUGCAUGCCAAUUAAGGACAUCAACGGAGAGGUCAUCGGCGUCGCUCAGGUGAUAAACAAGCAGAACGACGGACCGUUCACCGCCAACGACGAGAAGGUGUUCGCCUCCUAUCUCCAGUUCUGCGGGAUCGGUCUGCGGAACGCCCAGCUGUACGAACGCUCCCAGUUGGAGGUGAAGAGGAACCAGGUGUUGCUGGACCUGGCGAGGAUGGUGUUCGAGGAGCAGAGUACAAUAGAACACAUGGUGCUCAGGAUACUCACGCACACUCAGAGCCUCAUCUGCUGUCAGCGAGUACAGGUGCUUCUGGUUCACGAAGCUUCAAAAGGUAGCUUUUCCCGGGUUUUCGACCUGGAGGCAGGGGACGAGGCGGAGCCGGGCACACCUAGAACGUCACCCUACGAGAGUCGGUUCCCUAUCAACAUCGGUAUUACGGGAUAUGUAGCCACAACAGGCGAGACAGUAAACAUUGCCGACGCUUAUUUGGAUCCACGGUUCGAUCCCUCGGUGGACGAAGGCACGGGAUUCAAACACAACACUAUACUCUGCAUGGCCAUCAAGAAUUCGGAGGGAAGGAUCAUUGGAGUUAUUCAGUUGGUGAACAAAUUCGAUGAGCUGCUGUUCACAAAGAAUGAUGAAAAUUUCGUGGAGGCGUUUGCUAUCUUCUGCGGGAUGGGUAUUCACAACACACACAUGUACGAGAAAGCCAUAACGGCAAUGGCGAAGCAAAGCGUCACAUUAGAUGUUUUAAGUUAUCAUGCUUCUGCAUCGAUAGACGACGCCCAAAGACUAAGGACGCUAAGGAUACCAUCGUCGGCGCACUUCAGCUUACACGAGUUGGAUUUCGAUGACAUAGAAAUGUCUGACGACGAGACUCUCACCGCCUGCUUACGAAUGUUCCUUGACCUGGACUUUGUGGAACGAUUCCACAUAGACUACAGCGUGCUGUGCCGAUGGCUGCUCAGCGUAAAGAAGAACUAUAGGAACGUCACGUACCACAACUGGAGGCACGCUUUCAACGUGGCGCAAAUGAUGUUCGCGAUAUUAACGGAAACCCAGUGGUGGAAGAUAUUCGGCGAGCUGGAGUGCCUGGCAUUGAUCAUCGGCUGCCUGUGCCACGAUCUCGAUCACCGGGGGACCAACAACUCUUUCCAGAUCAAGGCGUCAUCACCGCUCGCGCAGCUUUACUCCACUUCGACGAUGGAACACCACCACUUCGACCAGUGCCUGAUGAUCCUCAAUUCGCCCGGCAACCAGAUCUUAGCAAACCUCUCUUCAGACGACUACGAGAGAGUGGUCAAAGUGUUGGAAGAUGCAAUACUCUCCACAGAUCUGGCUGUUUAUUUCAGCAAACGGAAACCCUUCAUAGAAUUGGUGAGCAGAGAACGCGCCGUUUCUACCGCAUGGGGCGAAUGCGAGGAACGACGCGCCUUACUGCGCGCCAUGCUGAUGACGGCGUGCGACCUCGCCGCCAUCACCAAGCCGUGGCCCGUCGAGCGCCGCGUAGCCGCGCUCGUCGCCGGCGAGUUCUUCAGGCAGGGCGACCUCGAGCGCCAGAACCUGAACCUGACUCCUAUAGAUAUAAUGAACAGAGACAAAGAAGAUGAACUCCCUGCUAUGCAAGUCAAAUUCAUAGAUACGAUAUGCCUUCCAAUUUAUGAGGCAUUCGCAGUAUUGUCAUCAGCAUUACAACCAAUGCUAGAUAGAGUGAAGAGCAAUCGUGCGCAUUGGAUCGAUUUGGCCGACAACGACAAGAGCACCAACGAGAAAAUCGAAUACGGCCUAGACAAAAACCAUAUACAAGAGAGGACAGACAAGUCCAGUAUAAGUUCUCAAAACGUCGACGACACAGAGAACACAUAUGAGGGAGAUAGCAGUGGUGCCGUCAGCCUCUCUUCAGAAACUAACUCCAAAUACGACAAUCUUGAGAAUCCAGUCGUAGGACUUCUCUCUAACAACGUUCUCACGUUGCCUCGAGACCCCAAGUUCUGUCAGAUGAACGACUUAAACUAAACGCUCCUUAGUGCAUGCGAACUAUUGUGAUAUAGUGAAAAGGACAAAAAACGUCCCAAACCUUAUUUCGAAGACCAAUAGAAGCCGAAUUAUUUUGGUUUUAUAGCUAGUAUCUUAACAGUAUCUUCGUCACUGUUCUACUACGCAAGUGAAACUUUUAUAAAAGCAUUUUAGUAAUGAAUUUAUUUCUUAGUUGUAUAAGGAUGCCGUUACGUACCUACGUGUUAGUUAGUAACGAGGAAUCUUUUGUUAUUUUAGUUUCCGAGACUGUACUCUGCCCGCCAUAUUGUUUCAUAAUUUUUGUUCCUAUUGGUCCGUUUGAAAUCGAGGUCGGUUACGGUGUAUGAACGGUUUACGUGCGUUGCAAAACUGAGAGCUGUGUGAUAUUCGUGUAGUAAUUUUAUGAUUUAGUCGAAUUUCAAAUUCACCUUACGCAAGGCGUGUAUUCGGUAAGUUGUUUGGAUUCUCGCACUAUUUUUGUACACAUUAUUUUAGCUUUACAUUAUAUAAGUAGGUACCCUACUUGUAAGUUUAUAUAGUUUGUAUUAGAUGUUUUGAUUUACCUCAUUGUGUCUAUUCCUACGUAUCACAUGAAGUAAUUCGUGUUUGUUAGUUUUCUUGUAUCAUUUACGAUACGAUGUAUGUUUUAAUUUGUAAUUGAUGAAUAAUUUUCGAAAAUUAUAUCUUUAUAUUAGAAAAAGUGCAAGGCCUAACUGUCGUGUCUAACUUAGUUUUAUUGAAAUAAAUGACCAAAAUACCAAAAAUUUUGAAUAGUUAUUUGUGCUAAAUUGUUAAUUUUGUCUUAUCAUUAUGACGGAAAUAUAAUUAUACAUUCAAGCUUCGAGUAUUAUGAUGUAUGAUAAACGAAAUGAAUUGACAUUAAUUACUUUAAUAAAAAAUAUAUUGAGUAGUGUGUUAAUGAAUGUCAGUGGAGCACCAUAAUAUAAUAUUGAAUAUUAUGGCAUUGCAUAUCGAGAAAUUAAUAAUAAGCGUACAUACUUACUCGUAGUAUGUAUUUAUGAUUAGUAGCUUUUGAAGAGUAUAGGCACACAUCUAAAAACUAUAAAAGGAAAAUCGAAAAAGUAUUUGAUUUGAACUUCGUUUUGGUUCUUAUCUAUACGUAUAGGUUUUGCCAACAUUUAUCAAGGUAAACAAUUAUAAACGUGUGGUCCUAUACUCUUAUCAAUUUAAAUCGCACAAUAUUGUGUAAAUAAAAAAAUAAAUUAUUAAAAAAAAAAUUGUAAUUAUUUGGUAAGUACUUAUUAUGAAUUCGGGUUCAGAGACAUUGACUAUGAUGAUUAUGGAUUUUUAUUAAUUUUAGUCUCAUAAGGAACUUCCGCCUCGCAGUUAUUACUUUACAACUGACAGUUAUGGCAAAUUAGAUCCAUUCCAAUUAGAUUCUAUAAACAGUAAACGUGUUUGUGACGUCCGUUUGUUUACAUUAAAAAAAUAAAUCGUGUCAAUUAAUCACUACAAACACAUUUAAUCAUUGAAUUGAUCAUUCGAAUAAACAUAAUACGCUUUUAGAAAUAGCUUUAUUUGUCAUACUUCCAACUAAUCUGUUAUGAAAUGUCUUCUUCAUUUUGUAUCUCUUUAUUAACCUCACUGUAUCUUGUAUUAAUUUUUUAAAUAUUACAUGUUGCAGUUUAGUAAAGUUUGAUACUAAUAUUAAAAAGUUGACAAUUAUCUAAAUGACUAUAAUGCUUAUAAAAUAUUUAAACAUGGCAAUUUGAGUAAUCUCCGUACAAUUAUUUGUAUCUUUAUUAUGAAUAUUUCUACUUUUUAAUCGUUUCUCGAGAUAAUUUCAUUGUAGGUAUGUACGUCAGAUUACCCAAACAGUUAUUUAAUAAUUUCAAAGAAUCUAUACAAGAAUCAAUUUUUCAAUUAAAAGAAAGUUUUGACCAAUUCUACGUAAAAGUAUACAAGAUGUAAUAAUAUUUUCUAAUUGGAAUAAUUCUCUCUAUAAACUUUAGAUAUUUACUUGAAAAUUUUACUUGAAAUCUCAAAUUAAUUGUGGUAAUAAAAUAUGUACAACCUUAAUCAUAAGAUCGCUGUAAGUAUUAUUAGAAAUUAAUUAGAGAAAUAAUUAUUGUAAUUCACUAAAUGAUGUGUGAAUAGAUAUGGAGGUUGUUUUGUUCCAAAC